AUCAUCAUCAUCAUCAUCAUCAAUAUCAUCAAUAUCAAUCAAUCAUCAACAUCAUUAAUAAUGGAAAAGAUUCAAUUAUCGAAUGUAACUCGUUUCUUAUCAGAUCAUCCUAAUCUUAGUCCAUCAUUGAAAUUGAAACUUGAAAAACAUAAAUUUCGUCUUGUAAAUCAACUUCGAUUCUUUCCUAAUAUUCGUGUUCUUGAACGAAAAGAAUUUGGUUUCUUGCCGCAAGAAGUGGAUGAAAUUGAAGCUCACAUCCUACGUGUAAAUCAUCCAGGCAUAAGUUCUAUUACGAUAACUACAUUGAAUAUUCGUACGGAAUAUAUUCGUUUUGGUUCCAUUGGAUUCGAUCAGGCAUUCGGUGGAAAGGGUCUGCCCACUGGACGAUUAAUACAGGUGUUUGGCGAAGCAAGUGCCGGUAAAUCACAGAUCUGCUUUCAACUCUGUUUCCGUGUUCGUUUAGACACGAGUGAAGGUGGCCUAAACGGCGAAGCAUUAUAUCUGGAUACAGAAAAUUCAUUUCGACCCGAACGAAUCAAAGAAAUGGCCACGAAUUAUUAUUGUGAUCGUAUCCAAGAAAAAUAUCUACUUGAAUAUCGAAUCGAAGAAAUACUGAUGGGCAUACAUUGUCGUUAUGUUAAUACACAUGCAGAUGACCUUUUAACGAUGAUUACCAAUGGUCAAUUGGAAUCAUUUCUUAAUGACCAUUCAAAUAUUCGACUAUUGGUUUUGGAUAGUAUUGCCUAUCAUUUUCGUUAUGAUUAUCAACAUGACAAUAGUCACCGUAUCGUUCAACUAAUGACUAUUGCCAAUAAGCUUAAACAGCUAGCCUAUGAACAAAAUAUCGCCAUCGUUAUAAUUAAUCAGGUAAGUUUCUUGAUCGAUAAUCAAGCAUUGGGAGAACCAUUUAAAACAACUUGUUCGACCACAUUGAAUGUAAAACGAUGGGAUGACGAUUCGGAAAAAACUAAACGACAAUGUACCGUGAUAAAAUCGCCUUCAGUGGCUAAAAAUUUUCAUUUUAAAUAUAUAAUCAAUGUAAGUAAAAUGCAACGUUUUGUAAAUAAUUUUGUCUUUCGUGUUGAUUCGGUGAUCAUCUUGCAGAAACUAUGUUAUCAUCAUAAAUUCCGCAAUAAAUUAAUCCAACGACAACAACGGUUAUUGGAUAAAUUCGAUCGAGAAGUUCGUGACACAAUGGAACGGAUCAAAACAAAUCAAAAGGUCAAGAUUAAACGAAAAAAAGUGUCACUAUCGACAACGACUAAAACUUUGAUGAUGGAUUCGGAGAAUCAAAUUAAUGCAAUAAGAGAAUGGAAUUAUCCUAGUGGUUCACCCGAACAAUUAGUGAUACGACGUCAGGGAAUGCAGCAAUCGUUCAUAACAAGUCGAAUGAGAAUUUUGAACACAAAUUUUCUACGUGCAACGGCUGAAAUAUUUGCUACGGAUGCUGAAUUAUCGAAAUUAUUAAUCGAAUUUCGAUUCCGAAUCACCAAUGUUCGUGUGUCCAGUGAUUACCAAUAUAUGCAAGUAUAUUGGACUAAUGAAAAUGCCGAUGAUCGUCAGGAAAUUGGUGCCAUUCUCAAUAAUAACAAAGGUCGUCUUCAUGAAUUGUUGGCUGAAAUGCAAUAUUCACGAACUGUUCCAUGGAUUCUAUUUGUAUUCGAUUUACAAGCAUCGAAUGAACAGGAAAUUGAGCGACGAUUGGAAAAAUGUCGUGCAGAACUUGAGAGUAUGGGGAAAAUCAAUCCCGAACAAUCUUCAUAUCCACUUGUGGAUCGGAUUAGUACAGCUGGAUCACCAUCGGUUAAUAUAGAUGACAUUAAACAAUUGAGUUAUCAAACCCAAGCAGAUGAAUAUGAUCGGAUGGAAAUGCCGGUAGAUAUGUUUAAAAAAUACGCACCCGAUCUAGAUUAUGAAGCAUUGAUGAGUAAAGUGAUGCAAAAUAUGCCACGAACAAGAGCACAACAUGAGGAUGAUUUAUCACAAAUGAAAGCACUUGGUGAUUUCGAGGCUGAACCAUUUGUUUCGAUUCCGAAUUCAAAACAACCAACACAACCGAUCGAUUAUAAUACGGAAAAUCGGAUUAAGGCAAUAAGAAAAUUUGUUCAAUUAAAUCGAAAACGUAAAGAUAAGGUUGAAAGACGAUUGAAAUUAUCGAUACUAUCGGAAGAAAUUGGACGUUUUGAUGAUUAUGAAAGUCUUAAAGAACAAUUAGAAAAACGGUAUAGUCAAUUGUUUCCGGAUCAGAUUGAAAAUUAAUUAAUAUUCUUGUAAUGAUUGAUUAAUGAUCAUCAAGUAUAGCAAAUGCAUCCACUUGUGAACCAUAGUUACGAAUGUACGUGAAUUUAGCAUAAGUUGUCGUUGCUUUUCGAAUGGACACACUAAUCAUGACGAUAAUACAAGCCAUAAACAGAUAAAUGAUCAUAGAAAUGAUUGCCACAAUGCCUAGAUUAUCAAACACCGGUUCAUUCGAUACUUCAUGUGCAAUCUGCAAUGAUUGUUCACUUAAAACUUCAUCAUCAUCAUCAUCAUCAUUAUUGUCGGAGAUUUCAUCCAAUGUAUCCUCUUGAAUGAUUUCACCAUAUCGCAUUCUAUAAUAAUGACCAGAGCAACGAAAUUCACCAUUAAAAUCCACUGGUCUCAUUUGUAUUCGUACUGUUUUGUUUGAGACAAACGUCAAAUAUUUUUACAACAACUCUCAACAAUCAAAAUACUUACAUGACAUAUAAGAAUCAUUGUAUUCAUCGAUUCGAAUGUCAACAAUCUUUGGAUUAAUCUCAAAAGUCCAAUUGACCGACCAACCAACUUUUGUUUCAUUUAUUAAUGGAUCGAAUAGACAGUCCAGAUGAUCAAGUGAUUCAAAAAUCGACAGUGAUAUUAUGAUUGUGAAAAUAAUAAUUAUGAAUAAUUGCAUUGUGUAUGUUUAAUUUAAUAA